AGUAUAAAAGAAGUGCGUGCCUAAACGGCCAAGUUUAGUGGCAAUGUUCGGGUUCGGGUGGAUUGUUGUGGGACUUUUGUGCGCGGUAGUGGGUGGUGGUGUUCGAGCCGAUCUUGGGCUGAACCAGGAAGUGCCCGAGUUGGUGCUGCAGGUGGAGGAUGCCAUUGGGUUGGGAGUUGAGCCGUUGCUGGAGGUGAACGCCACGAUCGAGGUUGAUCCGUCGUUGGAUCCGACCGGGGCUUUGGGUGCUAUUGUGGGGGUUAUUAAUGUGGUCAAUGGAAGCAUUGGAGAGGUGUUUGCCGCGACUGGGAAUGCAGUUUUGGAUAGUACUGGACCGCCGAAUAGUGUGUUUAGUCACGUGUUUAGAGCGAAUAUUAAUGCAGAGAUAAAUAUGCAGAAUGCGAUUGCUAGUGCCGUUCCGUUGAGGGCGAUUUUGAGAAAGUCGGUGUACCAAGCUAUUGAAGGGAACCUGAGUGUGAUCCAGAAUCAGAUCAAGAAUCUGACCUCGGUGUAUACGGAGCUUGGAGCAGCUGCUAAUACGAUUACGCUGUUUCCGAACAGAAGCAGAGACAUUAGCACUGAGAUCACUCCAAAGUUGGUGAACAGGCUGGCCGCUGUCCUCGGUGAUAUCUCCAGCAAGGUAGCGAAUUUGGCGGAAUUAUUCCCGGACAUCGUUAUGAAGCAGAUUGCCGCAGUUGGGUACUUCUCAGCUGCGAACGCCACAACAAGCAGCGCCGUUAGCAAAGUCAGAGCUCAGCUGAACCUGUUCAACAGCUCGAUAACUACGACGAUCACCAACCUGACCACAACGGCCGGAGUUUUGGCCGGCAACAUCAGCCAAGCGUACGUCCCGAUUACAUCUGCCGCGCAGAACUUUAACGGUGGAGAUAUCAGCAACUUGACCGCCUUCUUGGAUCUGGUUGACAGUCACAACAAUGAUCUUGUUCAAAAUAUUACGCUCAGCAUGGUUGACCUGCAGGACUACAUUGCCGAGUUGUUGGCUAACGAAACUCGCGAUGCCACAGGGGCUGUCUGUAAUGGGAUCCGAAACCUCACCGACUCGGCUCUGCUGACGGUCAGCGACUUCUCUACGGCGUGCUCCAACCGGUAUCAAGCACAACUCCAGCGGGCACUUCUUCAGGUUAACCGUCUGGCGAGCUGCCCGGAGAUCACUCCGUUGGAAGACUUCUACUUGCUGUUGGAUUUGCUGCUGACGUCGGUACGCACGGAUUCGGUGGCGAUCACGGCUUCGCAGAUCCUCGGCUGCAGCAAUACUUUUGGAGCGUGCAGCUCAACGUACUUUUCCGUUUUUCCAGAUCUCGCUCAAGAGACGCACAUUCAGCUGCAGUUGGUGCACAACGCGAUCGUGUUCAAGAUCCGAGCUUUGGCGCUGAGAAUUGGCACGUGUGCCGAAGCUGUUACGGCGGACGUCCAGGAAAUUGUGCAGCAGAUUGUGUCGAGUUACGCCGCUUGCUUGGAAACGGGGAACUAGGAAGGCGUUAGAUCAUGAACAUUUAUUUAUUUAAAUCAUGACUCCGUCGAUGAUCCAAAUGACAUAGCAUCGAAUGCUUCACCAAAUCCGUAGUAACUUUUCAAUAGGGCGAAACCUUGAUUGUAAACAAACAGUC